CCUGCCCGGAGGCCACCGGUGGUGUCAGCCGGGUCAGGAGCAUCUGCUAUUCCUGGCGAAGUGGAAUCGAGGCUCUGGCGAGGGAAGGCCAGGUCCCAGCCCUGCUCAGAAGCAGCUGUGACCGGUCAGGGAGCCCCAGGCUCUCGAUUCUGAGUCCUGGCCCAGGGGGACAAAUCCACGUGUGAGUGAAUGGCGGAGGACCGUGCAGGGAUGUGGCCAGCCCGCAGGAAGGCUCUCCAGUGGCUCCAGCUCCAGAAGUCCCAGUACCUGCAGCUGGGCCCAAGCCGUGGCCAGUACUACGGCGGGUCCCUGCCCAACGUGAACCAGAUUGGGAGCGGCACCGUGGAUCUGCCCUUCCAGCCCAGCGGAUUUCUGGGGGAGGCUCUGGCAGCGGCUCCUGUCUCUCUGUGGAAGCAGAUCCGCCCAGCACCCCCUGGUCUGGGGAGACAUCUCUGGGAGGAGAUGAACGGCCUGUGCCCUCUGGUCCCCAUGCCUGGAUGCCGCACCACCCCCUUAACUCACACGCACGUGGACAGCUGCCCAUACGGCACCGUGUACCUCUCGCCACCUGCGGACACCAGCUGGAGAAGGACCAAUUCUGACUCCGCCCUGCACCAGAGCACAAUGACGCCCACCCAACCAGAGCCCUUUACGGGUGGGUCCCAGGAUGCGCACCAGAAAAGAGUCUUACUGUUAACAGUCCCAGGUAUGGAGGAGACCGCAUCAGAGACAGACAAGAAUCUUUCCAAGCAAGGAUGGGACACCAAGAAGACAGGGCCCAGGCCCAAGUCCUGCGAGGUUCCUGGAAUCAACAUCUUUCCAUCCGCCGACCAGGAAAACACUACAGCCCUGAUCCCUGCCACCCACAACACGGGGGGCUCCCUGCCUGACCUGACCAACAUCCACUUCCCCUCCCCCCUCCCGACCCCCCUGGACCCCGAGGAGCCCACCUUCCCCGCGCUGAGCAGCUCCAGCAGCACCGGCAACCUGGCGGCCAACCUGACGCACCUGGGCAUCGGUGCCGCCGGCCAGGGGAUGAGCACCCCUGGCUCCUCACCGCAGCACCGGCCGGCCGGCGUCAGCCCACUGUCGCUGAGCACAGAGGCAAGGCGGCAGCAGGCCCAGCAGGUGUCGCCCACCCUGUCCCCGUUGUCACCCAUCACUCAGGCCGUGGCCAUGGACGCCCUGUCCCUGGAGCAGCAGCUGCCCUACACCUUCUUCACCCAGGCGGGCUCUCAGCAGCCGCCGCCGCCCCAGCCUCAGCCCCCGCCGCCCCCGCCGCCGGCCUCCCAGCAACAGCCGCCCCCGCAGCCCCCACAGUCCCCCCCAGAGAACACUGGGGGCCCUGCGAGCGUCCUGACCUGUCUGUCGUCGCAGGCACCGGCUCUGCAGCAGUACCGCACUAGCGCCGGCUCCCCCGCCAACCAGUCUCCCACCUCGCCCGUCUCCAAUCAAGGCUUCUCCCCCGGGAGCUCCCCGCAACACUCCUCCACCCUGGGCGGCGUGUUUGGGGAUUCAUUCUAUGAGCAGCAGAUGGCAGCCAGGCAGGCCAAUGCUCUGUCCCACCAGCUGGAGCAGUUCAACAUGAUGGAGAACGCCAUCAGCUCCAGCAGCCUCUACAGCCCAGGUUCGACGCUCAACUACUCCCAGGCGGCCAUGAUGGGCCUGACGGGCAGCCACGGCAGCCUGCCGGACACGCAGCAGCUCGGCUACCCCAGCCACAGCGGCAUCCCCAACAUCAUCCUCACAGUGACAGGAGAGUCCCCUCCCAGCCUCUCUAAAGAACUGACCAGCACGCUGGCCGGGGUCGGUGAUGUCAGCUUCGACUCUGACAACCAGUUCCCCCUGGACGAACUCAAGAUUGACCCCCUGACCCUGGAUGGACUGCACAUGCUCAAUGACCCAGAUAUGGUCCUGGCCGACCCGGCCACCGAGGACACCUUCCGGAUGGACCGUCUGUGAGCGGGUCGUGCAGCACAUGGCCGCCCAGCCCCCGGCUCUGUCACCCCGCCGGCCAGUGGUCUCGACGGCAUCGCCCCGAGCCUGGGGACAGCGGCGCUCCGUCCCUUGCAAACGGCCGAGCUUGUGAUUCUGAGCUUGCAAUGCCGCCAAGCGCCCCCCGCCCGCCCCCCCGGUCGUCCACCUCCCGCGUGAGGCCGCGCGUCGUUGCCCCCGCGGACCCUCCCUGCUCUCUCAUCCCCUGUAAGCUGCGGGAAGCGUGCUGGGCAGGGCUGCCAGCCUCGGUGGGCACCACGCUCCGCGACGGUGGUGGGCUGAGGUGCAUCUUGCGACUGUUGUCCAGCUCUCACUGCCUUCCUUUGUCCCUGGUCCCCCUACCUGCCCGUGCCCCCAGCCCUUGGUUAGGUAGCGAGCCAGCCCCACCCUGCCAAAGGGAGAAAGUGCCAGAGAGAGGGGGGCGGACGUGAAGCGAAAUAAACACUAUUUGGACUGCUGUCUUUUAUAUUUCUGUGCACACACAGAAGGCUAGCAUCCAUCGCACGGAGGUGGGAUGCAAACAUGUGAACAGCAUGGGAAGCAGCUAAGUCUCCUCCAGGGUCCCUGCCUCACCCGCCCACCCCCCACCCUCCGGCCAGGCCCCUCUGUGGCCACCUGUGCUGUGACACCCCCACCCCAGCCUGUCGGGGACGCACGUGGAGGCAGAUAUUUCUAGGGGGGGGUUGCAACUUGUUUCAUCUUUCUUUCUUUGUACUGUGGUCACUGUUACUAUUAUUUAAAGAAUGGGGUGGGGAGGGGGUGGCCAGGGCAUUUUUUGUUGUGUUUCUUUUCGUUUGUUUCUUUUGGUUUGUAUUUACAUUUUGGUUGUGGAUGAGUAACUGACUCCUUCAAGCCAACGCUUGCCUGAGAGCAUGUUUUUUUUUUACUCUAGAAAUCCAACCUUAUAUACUUGUGAGCUAACUGGAAGCAGCCUGCUGCCUGCCCAGAUCUGAGCUGCAUCUCCUGUCUUUUUAGUUUUGCUCCGUUAUCCCAAACCAGAAAGAUGGGAGGUUAGGCUGGCCUGGGCGGACACUCGGGUGAAAGCUGGCGGCAGCGGCCGGAAGUGCCUCCCCUCCGGUCCCAUAACCGACUUCCGAGGAGGAGCCCCGGCUUGCAUCAAGGGUCUCCUGAAGGUGCCAGCCAGUCCUCAGGGUGGGUCCGCCCCAGACCCCGUGGCUGGCGGCAGCUGCAGCCCCUCUGCUCUGAGGCGCCCCAGAGACGAGCCUGUCCCCGGCAAGCCCGCCCCGAGAACCAGCCAACAUUCAUUCUCUCCCACCAUCUUUUUGGUGGCCCCUCCCGGCAGGGCUGGCCUUGGAGGCAAAGAGCGGUGUGCAUUUCAGAGGAUGGUUUCCAGGUGCUUCUCAAGUGCCUCAGGAGGCCCAGGUGACCAUCUGUCCGGCUCACUGGUGCCCCAGAGGCCGUCCGUCUGCCCUCCAGGCCCUGCGAGCGGGCAGCAGGCCUGGUUUCGCAUUGUUCUGCUCUGGAGCCGGAACCUCUGUUUCGUUCCCUCCGACACCGCAUCUUGAGUUCUUACUUGUUCCUCUGCCUGCCAGCCGGGCUGGCCGCUCCUGCCUGCUGCGUUUCCACCUCCAUCAGGGUCUCCGGAGCUCCCGCCUCGUGGCCGUCCCUCUGUCGUCCCCUAGCUGGGCUGUUAGCACAUAGCCAAGUGGCCACGCCCACGGGAAGCCCCCUGUCCUGUCACUUGACCCCCACCGCUGUUGUCUGGCUGGGGGACACAGUGUCAGUCCAUCGGGGUCAGGGGCCUGUCCUCUUUUCGUGGUGGGGGCUGGGGUCAAAGAAUGGGGACUGGUUUUGUUUUGUUUUGUUUUUUUAAGAAGAACUACAUGUACAUAGAAGGGUUUGAUUACCAUUAGACUUGUAUGUAGAACUUUUAAAAAAAUGGCCUUAAUAAAAUUACAAACAACCUUCCUGGAUGCAACUUUCAAACAAGGCACUGGGGACCCCAUGAGGGAACCCCGUCAGCCCGCACUUCCCAUCGGCCCAGCACUGGGUUCUUGGUGCAGGUGGGCAGGGAAGGAGGGGUGUCCAGCCCCGUGGCCCGUUUCUAGCAUCCCUUGGCCAGGAGCACAGGUGACUUUGUAUUAACACGGCAGCCUCGGCCCAUGAGGGGCGUGGGUGCAGAGCUUUCCUGGGGAGGGGACCCAGCCAGAAACCAGUGGCCAGGCAUCCUCAAAGGAUUCACUGCCCCCUCCUAGCGCCAGGCAGGCCUUUGUGGGGAGGGGGGUCUACAACAGGGGAUUUGGGUUUUUUCUUAAAUAUCACUUCUCUACUAAGUAUUCUUGAAUUGCCAAGACUUUUAGAAACAGGACAGCUUAGGGGAAUCAGCCCUUUGACUUGUGAUGUGAAAAUACUGUGAUUUCAGGCGAGCUGCGCCGUGAGGGGUGAGCCGGGGCCCCUGUGUCGUGUACAUAGACCCGCCACCGCGUCCUCGCUCGCUGCGGCUGAGCUCCCCUUAUCUGUUCCUCGGGAGCACGCGCCAUGCCUCGGUUUGCCCCCUGCCCUCUGAGCCCCCAGGAUGGGGAGUGUGUCCCCACCAUGAGGAUGGGACCUGGGAUCAGCCUCUUUCUGUGUUGCCCAGAGAGGAGAGUUUAUAUCCCUGCCCCCCAACCCCCGCCCUUCAGCUUCACCCCCUGCAGUGCCCAGGAUGGACUUGGGGGAGGAGAAGGUGGGUCUCUGGGUCACACCCCUGUCACAGGUGCCCGUGAGGACGUGUGCCAUUACCAGAGGGGGGACGGCAGCACUGCUGGGGUAGAUUGCAGCACCCUCUCCACUUUCCCAGCUCACCUUGCUCCUGCCAGCACUCUCCUGAGCAAGAAGGGUGGGGGCCAGCCCCUUGGGGUAGAGGGCCCUGAGACCCUCAGUGGAAAACUCAGGGGGCAGGUAUAUCCUUCAGCAAAAUUUGGGGACCCACAGCCAGUAGUACCCAGAAGCUGGCCAGGCUCCUUGCUGGGGACAGACGCACAGCAGAAGGGACCCUGACUGCAUUGGGUCCAGCCCCCACCCCCACUGCAGUCCACAGAGCUCCCUGGGAGCAGGCCGGAAGGCCGGAAGGCAGGGGCGGGGGGUGUGUUCAUGGCCCUUUCCCUAACGCCGCCUCCCCACUGGCCGUAGGGCAACCUGCCUGCCUGGUGGGCGUGCACAGGGGCUGGGAGCCCGGCUCUGGGUGCUUGGCUGGCUUUUAUAUGCUGUUACCUACUUGUGGAUUUUAAGGGCUGAGCCAGGAGAGUUAUGACAUUCUAGGUGUGUUGGGCCUGAUUGCUUCAGGCGGCCAACCUCCGAGGAGGAUGGCUGGCCAAGUGGGCCCGUCAUGAAGCCCAUGUGUCACAUGGGGGUGGGCUAGGAUGGCUGCCCAUUUGUCUGUCCAUCAGAUGCUGGUGAGACCCUUGCAUGGAGGAUGAGAGGUCCUGUGUCGUCUGUCCGUCCUGCCAGGGUAGCUGUCCGGCGUUGGGGCUGUGUGCCAGGUGCUGGCUGGCUGUGGCCUGGUCACGGGAGAUGGGGGUAGGUGUGAGGCCCAUGGCGGGGCUGGGCAGGGCUCAGGCAAUGGGGACGGCGCCCUCUGUCCAGCCUGAAGAGUCCCUGAGAUCACUGCUCCUUGGGCUUCUGUGGACCCAGAGACCUCCGGGGGCUGAGUUCUCCUGGGAUGCUACACUUCUCCCCAGAUUGCCACACCUGGGCUGACCCUGAGCUAGUUCAUAACCAGACAUGCUGCCGACCUCCUACCCCGACUCCGGAUUCUGACUUUCCUGCAUGUCCAAAGAAGGCGUCCCCACCCCAGGGUGCAGGCUGGGCGUGGUGAGGCCUGGUGGGGUUGGGAGACCCUCCACCUCCCCUGCCCCCACCCCAGUCAUGACAAAAUGGGAGCACUCCCCCACUCCCUGGGUUCUGAGGGAGCUGUGGUCAGAGGCCUCGGGGUACCCUUGGCAUGGGGUUAGGGCACAGAGGUGCCAGAUCAACGGUACCUGGUGCUCUUGGGCAUGAUGCUUCAGGUGAGGGUGGUGUGGCCGUCGGAGCCUGCACUCCCGCCGCACCACCUGAAGAGCUGGAUGGGGGGGGGGGGGACUGGGUGCCUUGCCUACGCUGGGAGGCCUGCCUGGGGUGAGUGGGCAGCCUGGUCUGUUUCUGCCCUGUUCCGCUCUCAGUGGACCCUGGGCCCCCCCCCACCAAGGGGUCUCUCAGUGUAUGACAGGGGUCCCUGCGAUGUUCCUUUGUCAGUUUGGCCUGAGCCAGCUCUUUUUGGUUUCCUUCAGCUUUUGGGGGUCCUGGCUGGUGGGGCUCAGGCACUUCUCGUAACCAUUGUUGUGCCACAGGUGCCUGGCACAGACAGGAAUUCUCCCCCAGCAGAGGCAGGGUGACCUGCACCCCCAGGCCUGGGCACUGGGGUACCUCUGAAGGCGCCAGGGGGUGGGCAAGACUCUUGCGACCCAGGCGUCAGUUCCUUCUUGUCCUUAGGAGCUCAGGCCCAUGGUCUCUGGGUCCCAGGCUCGUCCCAGGCAGGGUAGGAGACAGGGGCUAGAUGUUAGGAGCUGAUUCCAGGCAGCUCCCCCCACCUUCUACCCAACUGACCAGCGCCCAGCACCCUGUCCCCAGGAGCCAGAUAUGGGGGUUGCCCUCCUCUCACAGGGUUGUGGAAUCUGGGGGCAGUCGAUGCCCAGCCUGUCAUUUCUGACCUCCUGCCAACUGGGGACAAGGGGACACAGCUGUGGCACUUGCCACCAGACUUCGGGAGGGAGGGCUUUGGCAGCUGAGGUCCGCUGACCCUGCCGCGCCCUCCGCAGGAAACUGCCCUUCCCCUUCCAGGAGCUGGGCAGUGCCACUGAUAUAUGCAAACCCUCCAGUCCCGACCCUGUCCCACCUGUGUCCCUCUCCCCAGGCUGGCUCUGCCCCCCCCCCCCAGCAUGUACAUUGUGCCGUAGAUGUCCCGUGGGCUGCACGCGUGGGUGCCCACAGCGGGCGGGGGCGGGCGCUCAGGGCGCACUCGGCCAGCCCCUGCCCAUCCUUUCUGGCGUGGACGCUAUCGUCUUUGUACCUUUGCAUCCUUUGUAAUGAAACGUAAUAAAAAUUCACUGUUUUCGUCUC